AUGCAGUUCAACGUAGCCGUCGCAGUCUGCCUGGCCUUCGCCCACGCCUCCAUCGCCAGGCCGUUCAACCCGACUCUCCCUGGCCAAGACCCUGGUUUCCUCGACAACACUGCCCAAACACCAGCUUGGGUGAACGACCCACGCAACAUUCCCCGACCGCAACCCGCCUACACUACCAACGGUCCUACUCCAGUCACUCCGCUGACAUUUUGGCCUUACGGGGACAACCAAGCUCCACCCUACCCCCCAGCCUACGGACCAAACUUCGGCCCAUACAGCCCGUCCGCAUUCUAUCAAUACCAAAAUAGCCUUGCCAACAACGGCGCGUACAACAACUUUGCGUCAUCCCCGCUCGGAACAUUCGGCAACAGCGGGAACUACGGGAACUACAACAACAACAACGGGUUCGGGAUCUUUCAGAAGGACGCCAAGCCCCAACACGGCAAAGAAACCAAGGCUUAG